AUGACUGGAGGCCCCCUGGCAAUCCGUGGCGGCUAUCACGCAGCCAAAACAGGCGCUUUGGGGUGCGCCCUCUUGCUUGCGGUGAUCGAAGGCGUCAGAAUCGGAUUUCAAAGAAUGAUGGCGGGUAGUACGAAGUUGGAGGUUGGUUCGUCACCUAUGCCAUGA